AUGGCUACUCCUUCCAAAUACGACAACUACGAUUUCCCGAUCACCGCGCCGGAGGCUCAGCCAGGCCAUCCCGGCCACACCACUCCAGAGCAAGAUGCUAAGGUGGAACAGCUCCGGAGCGAACUGGAGCAGCUUGGCUACACCGAUAGACUGGACACUCUGACCUUGCUGCGCUUUCUGAGAGCUCGGAAGUUUGAUGUCGCCGCUGCUAAAGCUAUGUUCGUCGAGAGUGAGAAGUGGCGGAAAGAAUUCGGAACCGACGAGCUUGUCCGCACUUUCGAUUACGCGGAAAAGCCCAAGGUCUUCGAAUAUUACCCUCAAUACUACCACAAGACGGACAAGGAUGGUCGGCCCGUCUAUAUCGAGAAGCUGGGCAAGAUUGACCUUAACGCCCUGCACAAGAUCACCACCGAAGAACGCAUGCUCCAGAAUCUCGUGACUGAGUACGAGAAGCUCGCCGAUCCCCGGUUGCCCGCCUGCUCGCGCAAGGCCGGCAAGCUCCUGGAAACCUGCUGCACCAUCAUGGACCUCAAGGGCGUCGGAAUCACCAGCGCCCCGUCGGUGUACGGAUACCUCUCCCAGGCGUCUGGUAUCUCCCAGAACUACUAUCCCGAGCGUCUGGGUAAGCUCUAUCUGAUCAACGCUCCUUGGGGUUUCAGCGGCGUGUUCAGCUUUGUGAAGAAGUUCCUUGACCCCGUCACCGUGAACAAGAUCCACAUUCUGGGCUCCAACUACAAGAAGGAGCUGUUGGCCCAGGUCCCCAUCGAAAACCUCCCCGAAGAAUUCGGAGGUACUUGCAAGUGCAGCGGCGGUUGCGAGCUCAGUGACAUGGGACCUUGGCAGGAACCCGAGUGGGCCAAGCCUCCCAAGUGGGCUACGCCCAAGGAGGAACAGAAUGUGAUCAAGAGCGAGGAGCCGGCUGUUGCGGUUCCCCAACCUAGCGCAUAG